AACGCUCCACAUCACUUGGCUACAACGCUCCACAUCACUUGGCUACAACGAUCCACUUUACUUGGCUACAAAGCUCCACAUCACUUGGCUACAACGUUCCACUUUACUUGGCUACAAAGCUCCACAUCACUUGGCUACAACACUCCACUUUACUUGGCUACAGCGCUCCACAUCACUUGGCUACAACACUCCACAUCACUUGGUUACACGGUUGCACAUCAUUUGGUUACUGAGCUUGACCCCAAGGACUGUUGAUAAAUAUGCGCCAGACAGACGUCGUUGUGUGGUUGAAUACAUUUGUGGUCAUAGCAUGCAGCAAAAUGGACCAAACAGUAGGGACUGAGCCAGGGAGUAUUGACUUAUCAAGGCUGUUCUGGACAGACGACCAGAUUGAGACUUUUCAGACCAAGGUUCUUCAGGGAAACCUGCCCCUUUACAGACUAGACUCUUCCAAGACACGCGUGUCUGCGGUUGUGCCUUGUGGGAGUUCAGAGACGCUUAACGUACGGGCAGCCAGUGCAUGCGGAACAACAGACACCUACACCUGCUGUCAGACGACCAUGCAGUUGAUACAGCCGACGACGGUGACGGGGUUACUGGACCACCGCAAAUACAACGUCACAUCCACCGUCGACGGCGUGCAGAUACUACAUAUAGGCACAUGUUCCAGUGAGGGUCAAGCCUGCAGUGUCGGCGGUGUGUGUCACCAGGAAAACCGUAUCUCCUGGGUUCUGGUCACAACAGGCGAGUUCAUUCCGGUGGAGGUACCCAAUCACUGCGUGUGUGUCUUUACCUGAAACAGAGAGAAUACCUCCCCCUGACGCAUCCCUACCUACCUGCAACACACCUUUACUUACACCACACCGUCCACUGUACGCCCUGGCUCCCCCUCACAUACACCUACCUACACCACUCUGUCCAUUGUACGCCCUGACUCCCCCUCACAUACACCUACCUACACCACUCCGUCCACUGUACGCCCUGACUCCCCCUCACAUACACCUACCGACAACACUCUGUCCACUGUACGCCCUUACUCCCCCUCACAUACACCUACCUACACCACUCCGUCCACUGUACGCCUUGAUUCCCCCUAACAUACACCUACCUACACCACUCCGGCCACUGUACGCCCUGACUCCCCCUCACAUACACCUACCUACACCACUCCGUCCACUGUACGCCCUGACUCCCCCUAACACACCCACACCUACCUACACCACACCGUCCACUGUACGCCCUGACUCCCCCUCACUCACACCUACCUACACCACUCCGGCCACUGUACGCCUUGAUUCCCCCUAACAUACACCUACCUACACCACUCCGUCCACUGUACGCCUUGAUUCCCCCUAACAUACACCUACCUACACCACUCCGUCCACUGUACGCCUUGAUUCCCCCUCGCCUGCAUCACCUACCUACACCACUCCGUCCACUGUACGCCCUGACUCCCCCUCACAUACACCUACCUACACCACUCCGUCCACUGUACGCCUUGAUUCCCCCUAACAUACACCUACCUACACCACUCCGUCCACUGUACGCCCUGACUCCCCCUCACCCCCAUCUACCAACAACACGUCGUCCACUGUACGCCCUGACACCCCCUCACCUUCACCUACCUACACCACUCCGUCCACUCUGCGCUCUGACUCCCCCUCACCCCCAUCUACCAACAACACGUCGUCCACUGUACGCCCUGACACCCCCUCACCUUCACCUACCUACAACACGCCGUCUACUGUACGCCCUGACUCCCCCUCGCCUGCAUCACCUACAACACGCCGUCUACUGUACGCCCUGACUCCCCCUCACACACACCUACCUACACCACGCCGUCCACUGUACGCCUUGAUUCCCCCUAACAUACACCUACCUACACCACUCCGUCCACUCUGCGCUCUGACUCCCCCUCACCCACACCUACCUACACCACUCCGUCCACUGUACGCCUUGAUUCCCCCUAACAUACACCUACCUACACCACUCCGUCCACUCUGCGCUCUGACUCCCCCUCACCCACACCUACCAACAACACGUCGUCCACUGUACGCCCUGACACCCCCUCACCUUCACCUACCUACAACACGCCGUCUACUGUACGCCCUGACUCCCCCUCGCCUGCACCUACCUACAACACGCCGUCUACUGUACGCCCUGACUCCCCCUCGCCUGCACCUACCUACAACACGCCGUCUACUGUACGCCCUGACUCCCCUCACACACACCUACCUACACCACGCCGUCCACUGUACGCCCUGACUCCCCCUAACACACCCACACCUACCUACAACACACCGUCUACUGUACGCCCUGACUCCCCCUCACACACACCUACCUACACCACGCCGUCCACUGUACGCCCUGACUCCCCCUAACACACCCACACCUACCUACAACACACCGUCUACUGUACGCCCUGACUCCCCAAUACCCACAACAACCUACACCAAUCCGUCUACUGUACGCCCUGACUGCCCUUCACUCACACCAACAACAUGACGUCCACUGUACGCCCUGACUCCCCCUCACUCACAUCUACCUACAACACGCCGUCCACUGUACGCCCUGAUUCCCCCUCACUCACACCUACCUACAACACGCCGUCAACUGUACGCCCUGACUCCCCCAUACCCACAACAACCUACAACACGCCGUCCACUGUACGCCCUGACUCCCCCUCACUCACACCUACAACACGACGUCCACUGUACGCCCUGAUUCCCCCUCACUCACAUCUACAACACGCCGUCCACUGUACCCCUUUUCUGUCUCGCACUCAGAAGUAUUCAUCUGUAAAUGUGGAUAACUGUACUGAAAACGUGUAUUCUCGAUAGAAAAUAAAAUCAGUGAAAUUGUCAA